GUAGUAGAGCGAAUGGUCACUGACCGAUUUGCCUCCACCGUGGACAUUUGGAUCUACAAACCCCAUGUUGUGCAUAGAAGGAUUUUCGGUACCGACGUUAUCCCAUCUGAUGACGUUUCACGACUAUCACGCACCGUUGUGACCAGACAUUCCUUACAAAAUUCAAGUUUCCAUGAAAUUAUCCACCGAUCAAACUCGGAAUCACUUUUUGAGAGUGAUCACAUUAAGUAUUCGCUUUACAUGGAUGGUGGAAAAAUAGUUUCUAAUGUGCUUUAUGAUGACGGGUUGAGCAUUUUCACCUCCGACUGGAUCUUUCGAGAACUCCCCAAGAAGCUAAAUCGCUUACUUGCGCAGUCUCCCAAAUCGAUGACGGCUUCCUUGUCACUCUUGGACGUAGGUGCUUACCACGAGGUAUAUUGUGCACUGAAAUCAAAGCAUGCCAAGCGCAUCGUGGAAGACUGGUGCGAGAAGACCGAUCCUCUGAAGUUUGUCCAUGAAGAUCUCGGUAUUGCAGCCUACUUGAUCGUGUACUCAUUUUUUACUUUACUAACAUUACUCCGUAGUGUUUAUGGAAACAGGAGUGUGAAAUCCCAACGUACUUCAUUGAUGUUGGAUGUGGAAACGGCCUUCUUGUCUAUCUGUUGCUGCUUGAAGGUUUUCAAGGUAUCGGUAUCGAUGUUCGCAAAAGGGCAAUAUGGAGCACUUAUCCAGAUUUGGUGCAACAAAGUCUACUUGUAAGUU